AUGGGGCCACCCACGAAGAAGCGCAAGAUCGCCGUCACCAUCCCCGAGAAAAUCGAGUUCGACUUCAGCGCCCGCGAAGAAUACCUCACCGGCUUCCACAAGCGCAAAGUCGCGCGCCAAAAGUUCGCACAGGACGAAGCUGCAAAGCGCGAGAAAGAGGAGAAGCUGCGGUUCAGGAAAGAACUCCGCCAACAGCGCAAAAUCGACCUCGAGAAGCACGUCGAGGAAGUAAACCGGCUGGUCAAGCAGGCCAACGGCGAAAUAACGGGUCUCACGGACGCGGAAUCAGGCAGUGAGGAUGAGGAUGAUGAUGACGACGAGGAAGAAUUCACAGGCUUCCAAGACCCAGAGCCUAUCAACCAGGAAGACGAAUAUAUCGACGAGGACAAAUACACAACCGUCACCAUCGAAUCUGUGAACAUAUCGCGCGACGGCUUCAGCAAGCCCGGCGAAGACGAUGACGACGCCGUAACGAAGAAAGUCGACGCAAAGGAGGACGGCGAAGUCGUGGGCAAAGAUGGGAAGAAGGAAAUCCAGAGAGACGAAAACGGGAAGAGGAUAUGGACCAAGGAGCGCCCGAGGACCGAGUGGCCCAAGAAGAAGAAGAAGAAGUUUCGGUAUGAGAGUAAGGCGGAUCGCAAGGUUACGAGGUACAAGGAGGGCGCGAAGAAGAGGAAGCAGAAGGCAAGCAGGGAGAAGGAGUAG